UUUAUUUGGAAGCACUAGCUUUCUGAACGCUGCUCCUUCAUCAGGUAGCUGUGGAGCAGAAGGUGAUGCUGAAGUUUCGUGUUUCAUGGGGCACCUUAUCCAUCUUGAACUGCUACUGCCUGUGGGACAAUAAACUACAUCUUUUGUUUAGAAUGGUCAGAAACAAGUUUAAUUGUCGUAGAGAAUUUCUGCCCUUAGUUAAGGGAAAAGCCCAGCAAGAAACUUUGACCUUCAAAUCUUGUGGGACAAUGGCAACACCACAGACAGUGCCAAACAUGUAAGUGUUUGCUCCAGCCUCGAGAAAAUCUGCAAAAUGUUUUUUUAGCGAAAAGCAAUGGAUGACAACAAUGUCAAGGUUCCUUGUUUGUCAUUAUUUGUGGGUAACUUAAAUCCGGAUUACUCAAAGGAGCUGCUGAGUUACAUGCUGAAGGAUUUACUUGCUGCAAUCGACGUUGUCCUGCAAAGACAUGACAUUGAAGUCUUCAAGAAGCACAAACGAGCCCAUGCAUUUAUUCGCAUGAAGACGGAGAAUGGAAUUCAAAAUAUCUUGAAACAACUUCAAGAUCCUGCCAUUUUGGAUCAAAACCACAUGAAAGGAUUAGUAGUUAAAGGGAAAACAUUAAAAGUUGCAAGGGAUAUCCGUGACUUUUCAGAUUACACCUUCGAUAAGAACAGUUCUGCAGAUACAUCAAAAUACGAAUCCCACAGUCAAGGACAAAAGGACAAGAGGAGACUGGAACAAACACAGGACACAUUGGGAUAUACCGCAGGGAAAUCCAGCUACCUCGCAAACAAAGUGAUGGACCAUUUAUCAACUCCUCUAAGUGGCACCAAGUCAGACAGUGCUAUCAUCGGUGGAGAGAUUGCUGGACAGGAGCGCUUAUUUUAUGGGGCACUGAUGGGGAGUGAGACAAGGAAUGUUGAAUUCAAACGUGGAGGAGGAGAAUAUCUGAACAUGGCUCUGAAGAACCAUGUUAGGAAAUAUGUCUGUGCGUUUCUGAACAGUGAAGGGGGCAGUUUGUUUGUGGGUGUGAAUGACGAUGGCACUGUGUGUGGAGUCGAAUGCAAUCACAAGGAUGAAGAUCGGGUUAGACUUCUGAUAGAUUCAAUUGUGAAAGGGUUUAAACCACCACUCUUCCCCAAUUCCUACUCUAUCACCUUCCUUCCAGUCAUCAAGGAUGGGGACACCGGGAUGUUUCUCAAAGUGAUGAGGUUAACUGUGCAUCCGCCCAAGAAGGAUGGUGAUGUGUUACUGUACGAGACUGACCAGGGUGAAGUGUACAUUCGUCGAGAUGGUAGCAUCCAAGGUCCACUAUCAGGAAGUUCCAUUCAGGAAUGGUGCAGACAGAAAUGGACAGUGGAAAUCAAGAAAUUGCAAGACACAAUCGACAACUUAGUCAAAGAGGAAUGUCGUUUGCAGGAGGAACUUCGUCAACAGCAACAGUCAAUCCUGGAACUGCAACAAUUGCAGCAAGAACUACAGGCAGUGAAUUCAGACAAGAUCGCUGUGUCAAAUCUGUGCUGCAUUAUUUAACCGCACAAGAGAUCAGGCCAACGCAGAGCACACUGCAGACAUCAGGGGCAACAGCCAUAAAACAAGCAACUCAGAAAUGACAGUUUAAUAAAACCUCUGCCGCAGACCUGAAAUUCUCAAUAGACUUCAAAGCAUUAAUAUGAUGCUCCAGAUUUCAGUGAGUUAUACCCAGCUUUGUCAUUAUCGAUAAUGGGGAUUGAUGGCCCAAAUGUGGGGAUUGAGAUUUUGCAUUUCCUCCCUUUCACUUGAAUUCUCCAGCAACUGUGGUUCUACUUGUUUAUAUCUGUGGGUUCAGUAUUUUGCCAAUGAUGUUAGUAGUAAAAGCAAGUGUCCCAGUGUGCUCAGAGGCAAAAGAAACCCUAGACAAAUCGAGAUGCAUUCUGUAGUUUCCCAGCUGAAUUUGUUGAAUUUAUAACUCUUCCAACACAGUAAGACGUCUAGAGGUGGUUCUCAGUCGUAUGCAGCAGAUAACAUGUGACCGAGAAAAUGCAGAUGAAUUUGAUUUUCAGAUUAACUCACAGAGGAGAUGGUCAGGUUUAGGGAGAGAAUUCCAAGUCUA